ACACUUUGUUUCUUAUCAUCUCUCUCUCACACAUAGUAGUAGAGGAUAAUAGUUCACCACACCUCACAACCAAGCAAAGAUAGUAAGUACACAUACUAUUAGCUUAGCUCUUUCAUUUAUUGACUGUGUGCUUUGCUUAGAACAACACUACCUCUUGUGUCACUCAAUGGCCAUGCCAUGACUUGGCAGCAACUCUCAAAAAAUGGAAACAGAUAGAGAGAGACCCCAUCGCAGCACAAGCGAGUUGUUUGUUUGCUUCACUUCCCGUUUGUCCUCUUCAUCCAUGAAGCUCUCAUCCAAGUCCAUUCUCAGCCCAAGCCGCAGCAGAGACCCUCCUCAGAUUUCCCUCUCUUCCUCCCUCAGCAGGAGGCUCAAGAGCAAUGGCAGCAUCAAGGGUGGUGGAGGUGGUCAAGCCUCUCCAAUGUUCCCAACCGGUGGUGGUGGCAAGAGAAGAGGGUGUGGCUUUGAGAAUCCUGAACCUUCUUCUCCCAAAGUCACUUGCAUUGGCCAGGUGAGGGUGAAGACCAAGAAGCAAGGGAAGAAGAUGAGGGCAAGGUCCAAGAGACGAGGUGAAGCUAGCUUCAGGAAGGGUGAACAACAAGUUGGUGUUAAUGCUAAUGCUAAUAUUGCUAGUGCAAAUCUGAAUCCAGAUCUCACUAGACAGAACAGCCAAGGGUUUCAGCAUCACCAGAACUGUUUGAAGCAUAGGAAUAACCAAAGAUGGGUGCAUCUUCCUUUGACUAUAUGUGAGGCGUUGAGGGAGUUUAGUUGUUUUUUUCCUUGUAGGUCUUCUUGCAUGUCAACUGAAAAGGAGGAGAAAGGUGGUGGAGUGGAAGGAGGAGGACAUGGGAUGAUGAUGAGAGAGGGUUCAUGUGGGAAUAAUAAUAAUAAUAAUAACAAUAAUAAUAAUAAUGUUGGAAGGUGGUUGGUGGCUUUGCAAGAUGGGGAUGGGAAGGGGAGGGGGAUUGAGCUUGUGAUGGAGGAGGAGAUGGAGGUGAGUGGGAGAGAGAGGAGUGUGAGGAGUCAUAGUCAGAGGAGGCAUGUGUUUGAGGACAUUGAUGUUGAUUUGGUGGUGGGAGAGGAGCAAGAGAAGAAGCAUGAGGAGUUGGUUGGAGAGGAGGAAGAGCAGGCUAGAGUUAGCAUAUGUAUUCCUCCCAAGAAUGCUCUUUUGUUGAUGAGGUGCAGAUCUGAUCCGGUCAAAAUGGCUGCUUUGGCUAACCGGUUUUGGGAAUCUCCUGUUCACAAAGACAAAUGUCAAGAAGAACAACAAGAUGAUGAAGAAGAAAGUGGAGAUGAGGAGGAAGAGCAAGAGGAUGACAAAGAGCAACACCACAAAAUGAAAGAUGAACAACAAGAAGAAGCACUAGAGCAAGUUGAAAGAGAAGCCAUAGAAGAUAGCAUUUGUGAGAGAGAAACAGAAACUGCUGUUGUAGCCACUGAAAAUGAUGAAGAAGAACAAGAUGGGAAAGAAAGCUAUGAAAUUGUAAGCAGAGAAAAUCUAGAAAGCCAAGUAUUUACUGAAGUAGUAAAAGAGGAAGAAAAGGUUGAUGAAGAAGAAGCAGCAAAUGGAGGAAAUGCCAUUGAAGAAGGUGAAACUUUAACUCACCCAGAAGCUUAUUCAGAUCUAGAGAACCUCAAAACCGAAGAAAAAGAGGCUAAUCUCGAAGAGGGUAAAGAAGAGAGAGAAAACAACGAAAGCUCGGAACUUUCUUCCACCCCAGAAACCUUCGCAGCUUCAGAAAAAGAAAACGACGGAGCAGAGGCAGAAACAGAACCAGUAACGGUGGAAACUUCAGAAGGGUCAACGGAGGAGGAAGAAGAGAAAGUGAUCGAACCGAAGGAACAACCUCAGCAACCAGGCCCGACCCGAGAACCAAACUCGGAUCCGGAGUCAAUGGAGCGAGAAAACGGGUCAAAGCGCGAAGAGAGAGACAGAGAAGCGUUGCCGGAGUGUUUGUUGCUGAUGAUGUGCGAGCCGAAGCUGUCGAUGGAGGUGUCUAAGGAAACGUGGGUGUGCAGCACCGACUUCAUACGGUGGCUGCCGGAGAGAACCGCCGCAGGCGGCGGCAACAGGGUCGCCGCAGAAACGCUUGCAAAGUCCAAGCCAAAACCGAAGCCGAUGAUGCAGCCACCGCGGUCGUCGUGCUCGUUCCCGGCGGCGAGAGGCGGCGCCGGGGUGUCGAUGGCGGCGAUGAUUGAGCAGAAGCUGAUGGGGUCCAAAUCGGGUAACGGGUACGAGCCGUUUGUGCUCACGCGCUGCAAGUCAGAGCCGAUGCGGUCCUCGGCUAAGCUCGCGCCGGAGGCUUGUUUCUGGAACAACAGGAAGCUCGAGCCGCACCCACCCGCGGCUCAGCUUGGAGUCGGCGCGCCGGCUGGUAUUGGGUUCUGAUUUUGAUUUUUUUCUUUCCUUUUCUCGAAAUCUCAAAUUUUCCUUAUUUUCUUUAAUUAAUUGACAGAAUAAUCAAUUGUUGUUAUGUAUUAUGUGUAGAUUAUUAUCGCUAAACUUUGGGCAGCUUUGGUAAGUUAGGCUUAUUGAGUAUACUAUUUUGCUGUUAUUAGAAUGUAAUCCUUUGUAUAAAUAGUUUUAGUGAUGCUAUUUGUUUUGGGCUCCAUUAUUACUCGUUAGUGAAUUUAUAAUAAGAGUUUAAUUUCUGCAUUAUUA